UGUGGUCGAAUCCUGGUGUGUUUGUAUGUUUGUUGUUCAGAUUCGUAGAAAUUAAAAGAGAAGAAAAAUGUUGAGGCUUUAAAUCCGUCCUUUGUUUGCUCCACUGCACCCUGCGUGUCUGACUAGAGCGCGCGCGCGCUACGCAACGAUAACGCGUUUGUAAAUGUCGCGCUGUCCGCGUGCGCUCCUUUGAGGUUUAAUCAGGAGGAGAAUUUCGGCCUACGGAAACAAAAGUUGCCCAUCAAACAGCUGAUCCUGGGUUAAGUGUGUACAGCACUGAAUCCAGACUGACAACUGGAGCCUACCAAAAAAAAUAAAAAAUCAGGCAGAGGCUGAGAUGAAACCUGAUGGGGUUGCUGCAACUCCGGCUGAGCCAGUAGAUGAUGUGGUGGAGCCUGUUCCUGAAGCAGAUGUCAAUGAGGAGCAGGUCCAACAAGACUCAAAUCCAUCAUCUCCACAGCCUGAGCAGCCAGAAAAUGAAUUUGUGCAAGAAGGAGCAAACUCAACAGUGCCUCCUGCUGCAAAAGAGGUUGAUGGGAAAUGUUCAAAACGUAAGGACACAAAUAAAGCUCCAGUAAAAACCAUGCCUGGUACAGCAGGCGCUAAAGCAACAAUGGCAACGGGUGCUGCAUCUCGCCCUGCUACUGCUCAAAGCCGAGUGGCCAACGGUGUUAUGAAGACAGCCUCAAAUGGUGCAAGCAAGAAACCUGCGGGUAUGGGCUCUGAGGUGAAGAAAAGUGUCCCUGUUGGAGCAUCUGCUCAAGUAAAGAAAGUGCCUGCUGUUGCAACUGCAGCUCCAAGGACACAGGUGAAGCCGGCCGAAAGAAAGCCUGUUGCGUCUGCAAGGCCAGAACCCUCCACAAGUAGUGGGAUGAGGAAAACAUCAGCAGCAAGCUCAUCAACUCUGAGCAAAAAGCCAGGCACAGGGGACAGCAAUGCUGCGUUCAAACCCAAGACCACAGCACCAAGGCCUACUACUGCACCAAGGCCUACUACUGCACCAAGGCCUACUACUGCACCAAGGCCUACUACUGCACCUGCAGCAAAAGCUAGUGUUUCAGGAACCUUUAAAGCUGCACCUCUUCCCAAGACAACCAGGCCUACUGUAGCAACUACUCGUCCUUCUACUUCCUUGGCGGCAGUUAGACCAACUACUACUGCUAGUAAAUCUACAUCUUUAAGAACUGUCUCUGCUCCCUCUGCUGUUGAAUCAGCAUCAUCACAGCCUUCCAAGGCCUCCACUACUGUAGCAGCUAAAAAAGAUAUUAAAACCACUACCAGUGCAACAGCCAGAAAACCGGUAGCCUCUUCCACAACACGCUCUACAGCUACAAAGGCCUCCAAACCUGAAGCCCCCAAACUGGGUCCAGCUGCCAAACGUUUACCUAAGGACACUAAAACCUCUCAUCUAAAAAUGGAUGAAACUAAACAAGUACCAACUCGGAAGGUCCCUCCAAGUCCCCGAAACAUUUCCGCACGCCCUGCUUCAAGCAAAAUGCCUGCAGAACUCAGUAACCACAAGCAGGGAGUAGGUAGUAACCUAAUCUCUGCAAAGCGUCCAACAGCCAAACCAUCGCAGUCUGUUUUGCCAUUAGUCAUCAAAGGUAAGCCUUUGGAUCAACAAUCAUCAGAGCUUCAGGAACCUGCUGCAAUUUUGGAAACAUCUGCCUCUGUAACAACUGUAGCCAUAGCACCUGUAGAGUCUAUGGUAGAAGCACAAAGUCCUUCAGUUGAGCUAGCACAGUCUGAUCAACAAACCAAUGCACUUAUGGAUGGUCUGGGAGAAGGGGUACCUGUCUCAGAGUCUGCAAACAUGGAAACUGUGUUACCCAAAGUGACCAUGGAUGCUGCGCCAUUAGAUAUCCAGUCUGUACCCGAAUUUGUAAUGUCGAAUCCUUCAACUAUUGUGCCAGAGCCUGAAAAAGUUUAUGACCAUGUUUUAGUUGUAGCACCAAUGGCACAAGAAAUGACUGAGCAAGAACCUGUAACUGCUUCACCGUGUGAGGUCCCAGUUAUUGCCCAAAUUUCCCCUAAGGACUUGGAAGUUGUGGAGAAGCAAGAGCAAAUCAUUUGCAAUUUUGAAGAGGAGGAGGAGAGGGAGGGCAGUCAGCAGGUCUCUGUGUCUGAAAUGAGUGGUACACAGCCUACUGAAGAAUCCAGGCCUGGCUCAGCUGGAAUGGCUGGCUCGUUAUGGCGAGCAGGAGGCCUACCCUCAGAAUUUGACUCUGAGGAUGUAAGCUGCAGCCAGCAGGGGGCCUCAGAGCUUAGUGCUCCUGGUGUUUUAGAGGGCACUGAAAGUAUGGAUGAUCUAGGUGAGGCUAGCCUGAAAGGUGCUGACGGUGAAGGUGCAUCAGCAGGAUCUCCGGACUUUGAGAAGUUCCCUGAUAUUCCGGUCAAUGAAGAAGAUGAUGACGAUGACUAUGAUGAUCGUGUUGAUGAUAUGGAAGUAGAAUCAGAAAUGACCGAUGAACCACACAGGCAAUGCAAUGACAAUGAAGAGGAAGAUGAAGACGUGGAGAUGGCGAGUGAGGGUGUUACGGAGAGCGGUCUUGAAAGUUAUGGAAAUGCAGAUGAAGAUGACUUUGCAGAAGACUACAAGUUGGACAACCUGAACCGUAUGCAACCUUCAUCAAUUCUCCCUACCAACAUUUCUGCAGGAAAUCCAUUUGCUGAUGCCUGGAUGCAGCCCCUACAACCAGAUCCUACCCUUGUACCCACUCCUUCUACUCCUUGGCAAACAUACUCCGAAUUCCCUAACCAAGCAGCUGUUCAAGCUUGUCUGGAUAUUGGAAGUGCCCAAACAGAUCUGUUGUCCUCUCAGUCACCACCUGUUAUGGAUACUGUUUCAAGCUCACCUCAGCCUUCUUUAGAGCAUGCUGCAGAAAUGGAUAUGGGCCUCAAACAAGGCUUGGAAUCCCAUUCCCAACAAAUUUCUCAGUCAGAUUCUCUGCUUGGCCCAGAAUUAACCAUCAAUACUUGUAGUGACUCAAGCACACCUGAGGAGCCAAAAGAUUGCAGUACAAGCCCUGGACCUGAGAACCAAAAACAGGCAUCGCCAGUUAAACCAAUUUCUGUUGCUUUGCCGGACAUCGUACCAGAUCAAUGUAUACAUAGAUCUGACCAUGAGGCUGAACCUGAAACUCUACCUGGAGAUAUGUUGGCUGGUCUGUCAACCGGCCUGACUUCUGUACCGUCCUCCCAUUCUUCUGCCACUGCGGAUGAGGCUAGUGACCCAGAAGGGGACAUGCAGAUCAGUGACCCUACUGAACCUGCUUCCACUGAAAAUGAAUGCUUUGACAACACACAAGUUGUCCACAGCAAAGCAGCUUUGGUGGAUGAAUGUGAGGAGGCCUGUGUUGAGACAGAAGGAGGUGGUGGUAGUGACACUCCUCAGUCAGCCACUUCAGCUGCCUCCUAUGGUUUUGAGUGUACCACCUCUAAUUCUAAUGCCCAGUCUACGACAGAGAGCUGUAUCAAAAGCCCAGGCAUUUUUUCUCUCGAAAAUGAAGAGCAACUUCCAGAUGAAGCCAAAGACCCAUCACUUAUUAAGGAACUGAACCUUGCACCUGACUGUGCCCCUGCAAAUGCUGACGACCUUGACCAGCAAGUAGAGCUUCAGCUCAACUCUGAGCAGGAGUACAUGCUUUGUGGGAAGGUUGCUGAGGAGUUUCCAGAGCCUUGCUCACCAAGAGAUACUGUCCACCCUGCCACAGGUUUGGAGAGUUCUUCCACCUCAGAGCACCAACAAGACUUGGAUCUCGACACACCGCAUUCGUACUACUCCACAAUAUGCGAAAAGACUGAUAGCUUCUUAACAGGUAAUGUAUAGACUACACUUUGCCCAUGCACCUUUCAGUGUUUGCUGUCUGUCAGGGUCUUCCCUGGUUUGUCUUGAUGCCAAAAAUGAAGGAUUUAAAGAGCCUGGUCAUUCAAAAUGGCAGUGCCACUCCCUAACACUACUCUACUUAAUAGCACCCUAUCAAUAUAUGGCUUUAAAGUCCUGUAUGUGCAAUAACUACUACUAUUUGCAAUUAGAAAGAUUAUUUUGGUUCUGCCUUUUUUUUUUUUUCUUAAAAAAAAAAAAGAAUUCCUUUGUACUGGCAUGAAUUGUGGAGUUCACAGAACUUGUCAAAUUAUUCAAGGAAAAAGAACUGUGGGAAUGGCUCGGCAUUUUGUGUAUUUAUCAUGGCAUUUUAAUGCAAAUACUAAUUGUUUUGUAUUUUGUUUACUCUUCUCAAUAUGUUUGUAAGUCGUUGUUCUUGACUUUUACUCGUGUCCCCCCUCCACACACAUGCCUUGUUUCUCCUUUGCACUAUUGGGUUUGCUUAACCCUUACCCUUAAUGUUGUGAAAAUAUAUAUUUUUUUCUUUUUUUUUGAGUACCUACUGUCUUAGCUUUAAAUAAAGGUUAGAUAUUUAACACAA